AUGCAUAUUAAUGCAUACAAGCAAAUUAAAAGAAAAUUUUUUGCGGGUGACAAGGUUUUCGCAAAAGUUCGAGGUUAUCCACCGUGGCCAGCAAAAGUUGAGAAAGUUAUUGAUCCUAAUUCAAAAAAUUCAAAGUAUAGUGUUUAUUUUUAUGGCACAGGAGAAACUGCUGUGUGUAAAGUGGAAGAAUUAUAUACCUAUAUUGAAAAUAAAGCAAAAUUUGGCAAACCACUUCGAAGGAAAUUUUUUCAUGAAGGAUUAGUACAACUAGAACAAGAGCUUAAAAAUGAUAGAAAUAAGGCAUCAAAUCUUGCUGAUCUUAAAGAAGCUGGAAUUGAAGAAACGAGAAAAGAAGGUGAUAAUUUACCGACAGUUAGCGCUGCAGAUAGUGAUAUGGAUACAGGAUCUCUUGUUAUUGAUGAAGAAAAAAAGAAAUCUAUGAAAAGGAGAACCUUCUCUACUGCUGAUGCACCUGAAGUGAAGAAAAGACGCGGAAAAGCAAAAUCUUUAUCUGCAUCUACAAGUGAUUCAGUGAAACAAGAUGCAUUGGAUUCUCAGGGAGAAGAAUCACCUAAAGAAGUUGUAAGUCGUAGCGGUAGAAAAAUUAAACCCAAACGGUUUGCUGACUUUUCAAGUUCGGAAGAAACAGAUGCUGCAGAUAAAAAUGAACAUGGAAGAGGUCGUCCUAAAAUUAAAAUUGAAGAUUCUAAUGAUCAAGUAACACCUAACACAAUGCAUAAAAAAAGAGCUUUGGAAAAAAAAAAUAAUUUAGAUGAAACACCUAUAUUGGAAGGUACUGUGGUUUCUGGUGCGACAUCUUCAGAUAUCCCAGGACGAGUUCUAUUAGCAUUAACAUUUGCUGGUGAAUAUGUAGGAAUCAAAUUAGAUAUGGAUAAGCCAAAAUCCUUUGAAAGCGAAAAGGCUCGAGCGCAAUGGGAAUGGUCUACUGCUAGAAAUGCAAUGAAAAUGAAAGCACAAUUAGAAAGCGGUGAAAUUUUACCAGAACAAAUAAAAGAUUAUCUCGAUUUUAAUGUGCAUGUUCCAGAUGAAGAAAAACGAUUGUUAGCAAAAGAUGGUGUACUUCAUCGUAAAACGAAUAAACUAAGAUGGCUUCGUAUUGAAGCACAACUUUUACAGUUGGAUGCUCAAAUUAAAUCCAAUCUUGGAUUAGAUCGAGCAUAUCCGGAUAAGUGUUUGCAAGCAAUGGAUGAAAUGUUAUCACUUCCAAUUGAUCCCUUAAUGUUGAAGAAACAUCCACACAUUGUCGGAACUGUUAAAAGGUUGCGAAGAUAUAUUGGUAAUUUAGCUGAUUGGAAAUUAAAUGAUGAAGAAGAGGCAAUUUUCAAACAAAAAGCGGAACAAAUUAGACAAAAGUCUGAGCAUAUAUAUAACAAGUUUAAAGCUAUGUUUACUAUACCCGAAGGACAGUCGUUUUGGCAAUCAUUUUCAGAUCAGGUGGUUCAUUUCAAAGAAUUGACAAAGGAUAUGCCUGAAGAAAAAGUAUUCUCUUUAAUGUCUGAUCCUGCUUGUCCAGAUGCAACCAUAUCAGAAGAUUCACCUGCAGAUGAAAGCGGUAGUCAACUAGAUACAGAUGCACCUACGGUAGUUAAAUUGGAAGUGCCUACAAGGAGCGAGACUCCAAAAGAGUCAGAGGCCAAGUAACAUAGUGACUUUUUGUAUCUGAUAAUGUGAAAAUCAUACUUACUUUUUUUGUACUAAUAUAGUACAUUACAUGAGUGUCUUAAAGUCGAAAAAGAAUUCACUUUUUUUGCACUUGAAUAUCACUUUUGGAUCAAUUUUGACACUAUAUUUUUUUUAUGGGUUCUCUAGUAAAUUUUCUCAUUAUCAUAACUCAUCUUUUUUGUAAUAUCUGUAAACCUAGAAAACCCAUUAUUAUAUGAACGAACAGUCUGUACUCUGUACUCUGUUAAAAAUGUUAAGAAGAUUGUUUAAUUAUAUAGCACCUAAGAUUUAGAGUAGAUGUCAUUAAUUAUUUACUCUAUUCAAUAACAUAUUUCUUUAAUAAUUACAAUUCUUUUUGCGUCAUUAAGGCAAUACCAAAAAAGAAAAAAAUAUUUCUGAAAAGUAUAUAGAUGUCUUUGUUGUUUAACACCAUGCUAAAUUUAUCUACUUAAGUAACGUCAAAUACCAAUGUACAUAUAAAAAAGAAAAAUUGCAAUACUCCUCUAUAUGUUAAAAAUUAGAAACAUAACAUACUGUAGAGGUCAAUAAUAAUCAUAUAAUUGGUUGAUUUCAAUGCAAAUUUUCAAUAAGUUAUUGAAAUUAACAUUUUGCAUUUUCAAUCAAGUGUUUUCAUAGCACUUUAAAGGCAUAAUUGAAUAUCAUUCAAAUAAAAAUAAAAAUGUGCGGUUUAUCAUUUGUAUAAAAUAUUUUUGAAUCUCAGAUAAAAAUUUUUUUUUUAAUUUUUUUAAAAUUAAAAUUAAAUUCAAACGUGUUCAUAAAGCUGCUGCUGUUGUUACUGGAUUGUACAAAUUAGAAAAAUGGUAAUCUAAACAUUUAAAAAAGAACAUAAAAGACUUCAUAACUUAUAUGUAAUUUGAAUAAAUAUUUGUUCUAAAUAAGAUUUUUUAGAACAGAAAUUUUUGAACUCGUAUAGCUUAUUGUUAUAAAAUUACAAUUGUAAUGUAAAUUAUAUUAUCUCUUUUAUACGGUUAAAAAAUUAUAUAAAUAAACAUAUUUAUUUGCAUCCAGUACUUUUCGUAAUAGCACAAUAAUUGUUUAACCUCGCACACAUUUAUCGGUUCAUUUUAUUUAAAUUAAGUACAGUAUUUAUCUUAACAUAAAUGUACUUUUGUAAACGUUUGUCGAAAAAAAGAUGCUGUAAAAGUAAUAUUGUUAAUAAAAACAAAUUAAUGUA